UAUUUAUAGAAUGCUUCUUUGCCUAAGCUUUCUUCUCUGUGUUUCGUGUUAUAUAUUUUAUUCUUUCAUUUCCGAGGAUUAGUAAAGUUUAAACCUUUUCUAAGCUUAAACCUUUUGGAUUUUGAGAUAUAAAUUUAUCAAAUCUAGCCGUUAAGAAGGGUUUUCUAAAAAUCUCUGACCUGUCUCAGAAUUUCGGGUUUCUUUUCUCUUGCGCCAAUUUCCUUGGUGGUUUUAUUGUCGUUUCGUGAUUGCCCUUUCCCUCUCUCUCUGCCUGUUUUCACCUUUUCACUGUCAAAAAAUUCUCUCUUUCUUGUCCAUUUCCAUUUGAUUUGAAAAUCUUCCGAUUCUCUUUUAUCAAAAACCACAAACAAAAUACACGGUUUUCUUUGUGGGGCUUCCGACGAGCAUUUCAGUUUUCCGCUGUGUCCAUAAACCCCCUGUUUUUUCAAACUCAAUACCUUUUACUUCUCAACUUCAAUUCAAUACCCAUCUUCGAAAAUCGAUUAUUUUCACCGUUUUAGCAUUCAAUUUUGUUAAAAAUUUCAGUUUCUAUCAGUGUCUUUUUAUCUAGAUUAGUUCUGUUCUGUUCUGUAUUAAUGUAUUUACUCUCUCUCUCUCUCUUACAACACCAUAAAAGGCUGUUUCUCGGUAGUGGCUCUUAUUAGUUUUCCAUACAACGUCAUCAGGACUCUUCUUUCAGCUGGUGUUCAUUUUUCUCUCCUUUGUUUUCUGUUUUUCUUUUUAAUAUACAUAUUUUUUCCCCCUUUGGAUAUUCAUCGAGAUCUUCUGAUCUCUCUCACAACAACACACAUCUCGAUCUCAAAAGUGCCAAUUCCGUGGGAUUAAAUCUCGUACUUUUCGCUGUUUCCGCGUUCCCACAUGCCAAAAGCCGUUGCUUUCCCUCUCUUUCUCAUAAACCUCUCUGACACAACGCUCAACUCUCAUCCCUAAACAGAAAAGCUAGAAGGGAGAAAAGGGGUGGAGUUUGAUCAAUAAAUAACAAUUUCACAACUUUAUCAUCUAUCUCUUUUUUCUCUAUAUUCCUUCAAGUCUCCAUUAAAAUGGGUAGUUCUUGGUUUCUAAUGUGGAUUUUGCUUUUAGGCCUAUUGGGAACUCGUGUUUAUGGUCUAGGGGUUAAUUGGGGAACCCAGGCCACUCACAAAUUACCACCAAAAACAGUGGUGCAAAUGUUAAAGGACAAUGGGGUCCAAAAAGUGAAGCUUUUUGAUUCAGACCGAACCACCAUGAGUGCACUUGCUGGAAGUGGCAUUGAAGUCAUGGUGGCUAUACCCAAUGACCAACUCGCUGCGAUGAAUGAUUAUAAGCGUGCUCAGGAUUUUGUGAAGAGGAAUGUCUCAAUCUACAACUUCAAUGGAGGCGUUAACAUCAAGUAUGUAGCAGUUGGGAACGAGCCUUUCCUCACAUCCUACAAUGGAACAUUCGUAAACUUGACCUUCCCAGCACUCCAGAACAUUCAAAAUGCCCUCAAUGAAGCUGAUUUAGGAGACUCUAUAAAAGCAACUGUACCCCUGAAUGCCGACAUAUACAACUCACCCGAUGACCAGCCUUAUCCCUCUGCUGGAAGAUUCCGCACUGAUAUCAGCGAUGUCAUGACCCAGAUCGUUCAGUUUCUGAACAAGAACAAUGCGCCUUUCACUGUGAACAUUUACCCUUUCCUGAGUCUCUAUGGAAAUGACAACUUCCCUAUCAACUAUGCUUUCUUUGAUGGAGCAUCACAACCCAUUGUAGACAAAGCUACUGGGAUUCAAUACACCAAUGUUUUCGAUGCCAACUUCGACACCUUGGUCUCAGCUCUCAAAGCAGUAGGGUUUGGACAGAUGCCCAUUAUAGUCGGGGAGGUAGGUUGGCCGACUGAUGGGGACAAGAGUGCAACUAUAGACUAUGCCUACAGAUUUUACAACGGCCUGUUACCACGACUCGCAAGCAAUAGAGGAACUCCACUCCGGCCUGGAUUCAUAGAAGUGUACUUGUUUGGUCUUCUUGAUGAGGAUGCAAAGAGCAUUGCUCCCGGAAAUUUUGAGCGCCAUUGGGGAAUUUUUCGGUAUGAUGGCCAGCCUAAAUUUGCAUUAGAUUUCACUGGUCAGGGUCAGAACAAGCUUCCUGUGGGUGCACAGAAUGUACAGUAUCAACCAUCAAAAUGGUGUAUGUUCAAUCCAAAUGCCAAGGACCUUAGCAAGCUUGCAGAUAACAUAAAUUAUGCUUGCACUUUUUCAGAUUGCACAGCUCUCGGAUAUGGCUCCUCUUGUAAUGUCUUGGAUGCUAAUGGGAAUGCGUCGUAUGCGUUCAACAUGUACUUCCAGGUACAGAAUCAGGACCCCAUGGCCUGUAAUUUUCAAGGUCUGGCCAUGGUUACUUCUCAGAAUCUUUCACAGGGGACAUGUAAUUUUAUGAUUCAGAUUGCUUCAGCUGCCUCUCUUGUGCGCUCCUUACUGUUGAGUUUAGCAUUUGUCACAGUAUUAACACUUUUCAUGCUAUAGGUUAUUGUUUACGGAUACCUUGGAUGUACUAUUUUACUUGCCUCUUUUUUAAUAUAUUUUUUUUUAUUUUA